UCCCCACCUCUUAGCUCCCCAUGCUACAGACCACAUAGCUCUCCCUCCCGACAAGUAGUUAACCAACCGCUCAAUACUCAAAACAAAACUCUCUCUCUCCUUCUCCCGAAGCUUAGCUUCGCAUCGGUCGCCGGAAUCUGACGUCAUACAAUGUUCCCGCCAAAACCCGAACGGCGGACUCAGUCGAUGCCACGUGGCAUUUCUCCUCAUCUGACCGACAAAGUGAUUGUCGCCGUGAAGGCGGAGAAGGUGAUCACUAAGACUGCACUAGCUUGGGCUCUCACUCACGUUGUUCGCGCCGGCGAUUGCAUUACGUUGCUCGCCGUAUUUGCCGACGAGAAAACCGAGAGAAGGAGAUUUUGGGGAUUUCCGAGGAUGAGAGGUGACUGCCGGAGUAAUGAAAGGACUAAUUCGCAUGAUCGAAUUGGACAAAUCACGGAGACUUGUUCUCAGAUGGUUCUUCAAUUUCACGAUCACAUAGAUGUCAGGGUGCGAAUUAAGGUCGUCUCAGCUUUGUCUGUUGGUGUGGUGGCAGCUGAAGCAAAAAACAAUGCAGUCAGCUGGGUCAUUUUGGACAAGUAAUAGCAUAAAAUUGAAGUUAGAGCUUAAGCAUUGCAUGGAAGAACUUCGUUGCAACAUUGUAGUGAUGAAGGGUUCCAAACCGAAAGUUCUCAGGCUAAAUCUAGGAUGUUCGGAGGAACUUCAAACCCCUUUCUUUUCUGCCAAUUCCUCUCCUGUUAAGGAUAGUAGAGAAAUACAGGAUGAAAGAAUGAAGCAUUCUACUCCAGUGAGCAGUCCCGAGGAUCAAAGAACAUCCUAUAUGAGAACUCCAUUACUGAAUUCAUUGACUGAUCCAGACACGUUCCUCCUAUAUGAGCGGAAUCCCCUGUAUGAAGGGUUCAGUAGAGAAACGUUUUCAUCGGUCCACAAGCAAACUGUGUGCGAUCAUGUAAAUGAUCUGCACUCAUUUGGUGAAAGGAUAAUAACUCUGUCAACAGUUCCUAAAUCUCAAAGUCAUACUCAUAAAACAAUCCUUUGGAUUCAGCAAAACCGUAUUAUUGCUGACAACAAUUCAGCUGUAGAAAACUGCAAAAUUACCUCACGCUCUGUCACUUCUGGAAAUAAACACGAGAAUUCUAUUGAAUACAACCAAAACCUGAAUACCCAAGGAAGCAAGUUCAAUAGAGACACUGACAGGGACUAUCUUAACUCUAGCAUCAGAGAAGCAGUCUCUUUAGGUCGAACUUCCUCGAUACCUCCUCCUCUAUGUUCAUUCUGUCAAUGUAAAGCACCUUCUUUUGGAAAGCCUCCGAAACAAUUUCGCUAUGAAGAGCUAGAGGAAGCAACAAAUGGAUUCUCAGGCACAAAUUUUCUAGCAGAAGGUGGAUUUGGACUGGUUCAUAAAGGGGUUUUAAGGGAUGGAGUGGUUGUUGCAGUAAAACAGCUAAAAUUUAUUGGAUCUCAAGCAGACGCUGAUUUUCGUAGAGAAGUUCGAGUUUUGAGCUGUGCCCAGCAUAGGAAUGUUGUGCUGCUGGUUGGUUACUGCAUUCAGGGAAAUAGGAGACUAUUAGUAUAUGAGUUUAUUUGCAACAAGUCCUUGGACUUUCAUUUGCAUGGAACAAAGGAAACAGCUCUAGAUUGGAGCUCACGCCUUAAGAUAGCUAUUGGGACAGCAAGAGGCUUACGUUACCUUCAUGAAGAUUGCAGAGUGGGAUGUAUAGUUCACAGAGAUCUCAGACCUAAAAACAUUCUCUUAACUCACGACUUUGAACCUUUGGUUGCUGAUUUUGGGCUUGCACGAUUGUACAAUGAACGGGAAGCUUCUGAAGAUGAACAUCUGAUUAGAACUUCAAGGUAUCUUGCCCCAGAGUACUCCAAUGAUGGAAAAGUCACUGAGAAGGUUGAUGUAUAUGCUUUUGGCUUGGUGGUAUUGGAGUUGAUUACUGGUAGAAGAACCAAUGACUUGCAAUGCUACAGAAGUCAGCACCUUCUUGCAGGAAGCCUUUCCCCUACUGCUGGAAAUGGACCAUAUCAUCUUUCAGCAUUCAAAAAUCAGUUGCUGGACUCCAACUUGACCUCAUCCCCGCUUGAAAACUUUCCUUAUGAACUACAGGCGAUGAGUCAUGCUGCUUUUAUGUGUCUACAGGAAGAUCCUCAGCUGCGACCUCCAAUUUCAAAGGUACUUAAAAUACUAGAAGGAGGUGGUGCCAUUUUUGACUCGAAUUCAUUUGGCAGUAGAAGUGGUUACAUGCAGGGAUCGAAUUUUAAUAACCAUCCUGUAUCAAAGAGACAUUCCCGCAGGCUCUCUUAUUAAGAACAUCGGCCAGUGAUUCUACUUGGAGUGAUGUGAAGCCUUGAUCUUCUUGUAGUCAUUUUCCCUUCAUACACCAGAAUUAGUAGUUCCAACCUAAGAAAGAUAAAGUUGUCAUACAAUUCUAGUUACAUUUGUACAAUCUGAACUUCUUUUAUUCUCAAUGUAAUCACAUUUCCAGUGUAUAUAGAUGUAAGUUCAUUCUUGAAUUUUAUUCCAUAUUUCUCUCAAUUGGAAAAUGUUUUGUGAAA